UGGCGCGGGGCGCGCGCGGGACGCAGGGGGCGAGCGGCGGCUCCGUGAGGGCUCCGGCGGCGGCUGCGGCAUGUUUCAGACCUUGUACAGCUAUUUCUGGUGGGAACGGCUCUGGCUCCCGGCAAACCUCACCUGGGCUGACCUGGAGGACCGGGAUGGGCGAGUCUACGCCAAAGCCUCCGACCUGUACAUCACCCUCCCCUUGGCCUUCCUCUUCCUCAUUGUCCGGCACCUCUUUGAGACGUACGUGGCCACCCCCCUGGCCGGGCUCCUCAAUGUCAAGGAGAAGGUCCGGUUAAAAGCCACCCCCAAUGCGGUGCUGGAGAAGUUUUAUGCUGCCACCAGCAAACACCCCAAGCAGGCCGACGUGGAGAUGCUCUCCAAGAAGAGCGGCUGCACCGUGCGCCAGGUCGAGCGCUGGUUCCGCCGCCGCCGCAACCAGGACCGGCCCAGCCUGCUGAAAAAAUUCCGGGAGGCCAGUUGGAGAUUCACCUUUUACCUUAUUGCUUUCAUUGCUGGCAUGGCUGUCAUAGUGGAUAAGCCCUGGUUCUACGACCUCCGGGAGGUGUGGAAGGGAUACCCCAUCCAGAGCAUGCUGCCCUCCCAGUACUGGUACUACAUGAUCGAGCUCUCCUUCUACUGGUCCCUGCUCUUCAGCAUCGCCUCCGACGUCAAGCGCAAGGACUUCAAAGAGCAAAUCAUCCACCACGUGGCCACCAUCAUCCUCAUCAGCUUCUCCUGGUUCGCCAACUACAUCCGCGCUGGGACGCUCAUCAUGGCGCUGCACGACUCCUCGGAUUAUCUGCUGGAGUCGGCCAAGAUGUUCAACUACGCCGGGUGGAGAAACACCUGCAACAACAUCUUCAUCGUCUUCGCCGCCGUCUUCAUCGUCACCCGCCUGGUCAUCCUGCCCUUCUGGAUCAUGCACUGCACCGUGUUUUAUCCGCUGGAUCUCUACCCCGCUUUCUUCGGUUACUACUUCUUCAACUUCAUGAUGAUGGUGCUGCAGUCGCUGCACAUCUUCUGGGCCUACCUCAUCAUCCGCAUGGCCCAGAAGUUCAUAACUGGAAAGGUGGUGGAGGACGAGCGGAGCGACCGCGAGGAGACCGACAACUCCGAGGAGGAGGAGGAGGCGGCCAAGAACGGGCCCCUCUCCAACGGCCACCCGGUCCUCAACAACAACCACCGCAAAACCGACUGAGCGCCCCGGAGCCGAGAGCCGCCGCCUCCGGCCGCUCCUCACCGGGGGCCCGGAGCCCCCGCCGGGCGCAGCCCCUCCGCAGCGGGGCCGCAGCUCUGCCUCACGCUCACCGCUGGUGCCCUUCCACCUCUCACCUGCUGCCUUAAACCCACCGCGGUUCCCCGGCGCGGGCGGGGUCGGGGCGGCUCCUUCCCGCCCCGCAGCGCCCUGGGAUUCGGCUCUGCUCAAAGAGCUCGGCCCCAGCCCCUUUUGCUGGGCUCUGUUAUUUCUACUUUUCCCAACCGUUCCUUCGCCGCGGGGAAGGAGGAGAAAAACAAAACAAAACAAAUUCCCUUUUCCUGCUCUGUGUCCGGCUGGAAAAGCCGGCUCGAGCCCUGCUCCAGCGAACUCGGGAGGGAGGAGCAGGGAAUUCCUGGGUGUUCCAGUGCCUAAAUGAUGGGAUGACACUAUGGAAGUACUCGUGAGGGGCUGAGUCGCUCCUUUGUGUCUCACAGAGUUUAAUCCUCUCGUUUCUUUUCGGUAAAUGGAUUUUUGAGGCUCUCCCUCUCCCCAGCUGUAACAGGACAAAUUUCCAACUGAUUUUUUUCCUUUUUUUUUUUUCUUCUUUCUAUUUAUUUGGAAGACAGAAGGAGCCGGGCUUGGCUCUGUCUCCUGCAUCCCCCCCCCCGGGAUGCUGCGAGAUCUCCCAGCACGGAGGGGGUAAAGGGGAGGGAGGGAAAAAAAAAACAAAAGGACCAUUAACCAAUGUCAGACCAAAACGUGUUUUGUUGUUCUUGUUUUUUAAAAAAAUAAGUAAAUAAAUAAAAGGUUAAAUAUAUUAAAAAAAAAAAAAAACUAAUAAACUUGGGUAAAAAAGAAAAAA